AGGCCGAGAGGGGGCAGCGGGCGAUGGCGGCGGCGGCUCGGCUAGGCUGGUGGCUCGCCGCGCUCUGCUGGGGCAGCGCCGCGGGGGAGGCGGCGCCAGGGCCGCGAGUGCUGGGCGUCUGCCUGGAGGAGGACGGCGCCGCCGCGGCCGGGUGGGCGCGCGCCGGGGACGGCCCGGACGCGCCCGCGGCGGCCGCCUUCCGCCUGCGCCUCUGGGGCACGGGCUUCGCCAACAGCUCCUGGUCCUGGGUGGCCCCCGAGGGGGCGGGCUGCCCCGGGGGCGGGCCGGCCGCGGCGCCCGCGGAGGUCGCGGCGCCCGCGGGCGAGUGGCGCGCGCUGCUGCGCCUGCGCGUCGCGGCCGAGCGCCCGCACUGGGCGCUGCUGGCGGCGCGCGUGGAGCCCGCCGAGGAGGCGGCGCCGCCCUGGGCGCUGGGCCUGGGGGCGGCGGGGCUGCUGGCGCUGGCGGCGCUGGCGCGGGGCCUGCAGCUGAGCGCGCUGGCGCUGGCGCCCGCCGAGGUGCAGGUGCUGCGCGAGAACGGCUCGGAGGCGGAGCGCGCGGCGGCGCGGCGCCUGGAGCCCGGCCGGCGCUGGGCGAGCUGCGCCCUGAGCGCGCUGCUGCUGCUGGCGAGCCUGGCGCAGGCGGCGCUGGCCGUGCUGCUCUACCGCGCCGCGGGCCAGCGCAUCGUGCCCGCCGUGCUGGGCAGCGCGGGGCUCGCCUUCCUGGUGGGCGAGGUGGUGCCGGCCGCCGUGAGCGGGCGGUGGACGCUGGCGCUGGCGCCGCGCGCGCUGGCGCUGAGCCGCCUGGCGGUGCUGCUCACCCUGCCCGUGGCGCUGCCCGUGGGGCAGCUGCUGGAGCUGGCGGCGCGGCCCGGGCGGCUGCGCGAGCGGGUGCUGGAGCUGGCGCGCGGCGGCGGCGACCCCUACAGCGACCUCAGCAAGGGCGUGCUGCGCUGCCGCACGGUGGAGGACGUGCUCACGCCGCUGCAGGACUGCUUCAUGCUGGACGCCGGCGCCGUGCUGGACUUCGGCGUCCUCGCCAGCAUCAUGCAGAGCGGGCACACGCGCAUCCCGGUGUACGAGGAGGAGCGCUCCAACAUCGUGGACAUGCUCUACCUCAAGGACCUGGCCUUCGUGGACCCCGAGGAUUGCACGCCCCUCAGCACCAUCACGCGCUUCUACAACCACCCGCUCCACUUCGUGUUCAACGACACCAAGCUGGACGCCGUCCUGGAGGAGUUCAAACGAGGGAAGUCCCACCUGGCCAUCGUGCAAAAGGUGAACAACGAGGGUGAGGGCGACCCCUUCUAUGAGGUACUGGGCCUGGUCACACUGGAGGAUGUCAUUGAAGAAGUCAUCAAGUCAGAGAUCCUGGAUGAGUCUGAAGAUUACCGAGACAUGCCCGUGAGGAGGAAACCUGCUGCCCUGAGCGCCCCUCCGCGGCGGAAGGAGGAGUUCUCCCUCUUCAAGGUAUCUGAGGACGACUGCAAAGUCAAGAUCUCCCCGCAGCUGCUCCUGGCCACCCAGCGCUUCCUCUCCCGAGAGGUGGACGUUUUCAGCCCGCUGCGGAUCUCGGAGAAGGUCCUGCUUCACCUGCUGAAGCACCCGAGCGUCAACCAGGAGGUGAGGUUCGACGCACAUGACCGCCGGGCUGCCCACCACUACCUGUACCAGCGCAGCCGGCCCGUGGACUACUUCAUCCUCAUCCUGCAGGGUAGGGUUGAGGUGGAGAUCGGGAAAGAGGGCCUGAAGUUCGAGAAUGGGGCCUUCACCUACUAUGGAGUGUCAGCCCUGACCGCGCCGUCCUCGGUUCACCAGUCUCCGACGGCCUCGCUCCAGUCCAUCCGCCAGGACUUGCCACCCGAGCCCGCUGAUGCUACCCGGCCGCCCGCCUACUGCCCAGACUAUACUGUGCGGGCUCUCUCCGACCUGCAGCUCGUGAAGGUCACACGGCUCCAGUACCUCAAUGCACUCCUGGCGACCCGAGCCCAGAACUUGCCCCCGUCGCCCGAGAACGCGGAACUGCAGAUCAUCCCGGGCAGCCAGGCCCGGCUGCUCGGUGACAAGGCCGCAGCCACCACUGUCGCAGACCUUUCCCUCUUUGGCACAUUCAGGAACUGCAGUUGAUAAUGACUGUGGACUAGACUUUUUUGUUUUAAGAGAACACCUGAGGGUCCAACCACAGCAGACCUGGCCUCCCGUCCGAGGACAGCCCUGGGCGGAACCCGGGGGUGUAAGUGCCACCCAGGCGGCUGCAGGCCCAGGCAGCGGAGAGAGGAGAGAGGCGAGCAGCAGUUUCCUGCCAGAGCGUCCUGCUCCUCCAGGCCACGUUUUAGAUGGCCUCGGAGGUGUGGGUCCUGGGUGGUGAUCCUCAGUGUUAGGCACAGGUGCCCAGCGCCCCCGGCGGAUUCUGUCCCAGGAGCUGGGCUCAGCCUGGGCACUCCCCUUCCUGGCCAGCUGGCGGAAGGAGAGAGGGGAGCAGCGUCCUGUGCAGCACCACGACCUGCCGAGGGCGUGCGUGUGUGUGUGUGCAGGGUCUGUGCCCACACGUGGCUGUGUCCUGGGCCUGCUCGGCUUUUCACUUGCCAACCUUCUGCUGCUGGCAGCACUUUCUGUGG